UAUGAUGUGGAAAUGUUGGCUACACUGAAAUUCAUGUAAACAAACGAAACAGACGAAAUCAAAACACUCGGAACCAGUAAGAUUAUUUAGCACCGCCGGGAGCUGUCACAAAUUGUCAGAUUAAUAAUUUAGAGAAAAGUGCUGUCCAGGAGCUGUCUGAGAGAUGGAUUUAAAAGAACUUCUGAAGCAAAACUUGAGAAGACUGCGCAAGAAAAAGGAGCUUCUUGGUCAGCAGGACUCCAAUUUUUUGAAACACGAGAACAAACUUUUCUUACAAAUGUUGGAGAGCAGUAACAGUCCAGUCGAUUCGUCCUAUCUAAGCAUUCCACAAUUUUAUUGCAAACUCCCUCAGGAUGAUUCCUUGAUUGCUCAAAAAUUACGUGAGGAAUCACGUGCAAUGUUUUUGCAGAGGAAAAGUCGUCAGUUACUAGAUAAUAAUGAGCUUAAGGCGCUAUGGGUGCUAUUAGACAAACACCACACGCCACCCCUUGUUGGAGAUGAACAGAUGAUAAACUACAAAGACUUCCUCACAGUGGCUGAGCUAGUAGGUCCAAAAAGCAGUGCUUACUUCAAACCCUCAGUUUUCGCCAAGCUGCAGACAAAAGAUCCAUAUGGCAGAGUGUCUAUUAUGGCUUUAUUCAACUACGUGAUGAGAAAGGUUUGGCUGCAACAAACCAGAAUAGGGCUUUCCUUGUAUGACAUUACUGGCCAAGGAUACCUCCGGGAAUCAGAUCUGGAAAACUAUAUUCUGGAAUUGCUGCCAACUCUUCCACAGCUUGAUGGCCUUGAGAAAUCUUUCCAUUCUUUUUACGUGUGCACAGCGGUGAGGAAAUUUUUCUUCUUCCUGGAUCCAUUGCGAACAGGACGCAUCAGAAUCCAAGAUGUGUUGGCUUGCUCGUUUCUCGACGAUUUGCUUGAAUUAAGAGAUGAAGAACUGCCCAAGGAUUUGCAAGAUGCGAAUUGGUUUUCUGCACCUUCUGCUCUCCGAGUGUAUGGACAGUAUUUAAACUUGGACAGAGACCACAAUGGUAUGCUGAGCCAAGAAGAGCUUGGAGGUUACGGCACUGGUACUUUGACAACAGUCUUUCUGGAGAGAGUUUUCCAAGAAUGCCUCACUUAUGAUGGUGAAAUGGACUACAAAACCUAUCUGGAUUUUGUCCUCGCCUUGGAAAAUAGGGCGGAGCCCCAAGCUCUGCACUACUUGUUCAGGAUUCUAGAUGUGCAGGGAAAAGGCUAUCUAGAUGUGUUCAGCCUGAACUAUUUCUUCAGGGCGAUUCAGCAACAGUUGAGACUGCAUGGCCAGGAACCGGUAUCCUUUGAAGAUGUCAAAGAUGAGAUAUUUGACAUGGUGCGCCCAAAGGACUCACUGAAAAUAACCCUGCAAGACCUUCUAAAAUGUGGUCAUGGUGAUACCAUGAUCAGCAUUUUGACUGAUCUAAAUGGCUUCUGGACAUAUGAAAAUAGAGAGGCUAUGGCUGCUGAAUCAAACGAAACCAUUGAAGCUUGAAUUUGACGUGACGUUCUAUUUAUUAUUUGUAGAAAACUGACUAAUAUGUAUAUUACACUGACCUUAAUAC